AUGGCUCCCAGCUGCUGCUGGCUCCUUGCCUUCGCCUGGGUUUGGUGGCUGCCACUGCUGCUCGUAGCGGCCGAGGAGGCUCGAGGGGAAGGCUGCUCGGCCAAAUGCGGCAACGUCACCAUCUCCCACCCGUUCUGGCUCACUGACAUAGAGGCGGGAAGAUCAUGUGCCCCUCCAGACUUCGAGGUUACUUGCUUCAACAACAGUUCUCCAGUUCUGCGGAGCUCUAUACCCUUCAGUUUUCGUUUUGCAAUCAUCAACAUCUCCUACGAGGAAGACAGAUUGCAUGUCGUUGAUGAAGGGAAAAUGCAAAUACUGCCAACCUCCAAUAGCUGCCAAGUACCUCCGUCAAACUGGGCCACCCCUUUCGGGUCGACCCGGGCAGCCUGA